AUGGAGAGGCUGUUUGGAUUGAGAGCUGGAUCCAGUGGGCAGGCAGGGAUCAGGGCAGGCAUUAGACAGGAUGUGCUGAGAGGUUUGUCGUGUCUAGAGCCGAGCGUAGCUCUCACUCUCCGUCCUAACAGGAUGCUGUAAAGCUGCCACGGAGUGAAGGGGAUCUGAAGACUGUACUGAGCUGUGAACUCAGCCCCCAGCCUGCAACAUGAGCACCACUGUUCCACACUGUUCCACUAACACUAGCAUGCAGGCCAGGGAGACCCACUCCUCUACCCCCUUUUUCCCUGCCGCCCUGCGAACAGUGUGGGCACUGUUGUAGCCUGGAGCCGGGUGGAAGGUGGUGUUACAGUAUGCCUUAGUGAAGGUUGUUAUUGUAUGUGACUGACUCGGUGUGUGUGUAUUUCAGAGGAGCUGAAGUGUGCCGGGAUCACAUGCCCUGCUAUGCCCGUGCCUUCCUGCCCUGAGGGCUCGGUUCUGAGCAAGAGCUACACUCCCCCUGCUGGCUGCUGCCCCACCGUGCCCCCCCAGUGCACCUGUGAUCUCCGCGCGUGCCACAAGCCCCGGUGCCCCUCCGGCCAGAAGCCUGUGCCACUCAGCCAGGCCACCGGCGAACCAGGGGACUGCUGCGACGUGUUCGAGUGCCUGAAAGGUAACGUAUAUAAACCUAGCAAGCCAUAAAUUGGUGUAGGCUUCUUUGUUUUCUUGCUGAGAGAAGUGGUGCUGGUGUGAAAUGUAAUGCCUUUGCGGAGGUAAUUAUUUCAAUCAGAAAACAAUUUUCCCCCAAAGUCCCAGUUGACUAAAUGUCCUGUGAUGAAAAGGAGAGUUGGUAAUUAGAUGGUAAUUACGGUUGGGUUGUUUAUCAGCCUCUCCGCCACUGCAGAGUGUGACGACGGUUCAUAUAUUUUUUUCAGGGGUAUAUCUGCAAAUAAUCAUAAUGAGCCUCGUUAUGCAGAUUGUGUCUGUGGAGUGUGUUCGCAACUGGUGUGUGGGUGUGUGUUUGUAUGUGUGUUUGUUUGUGAGAGAGAGAGAGAGAGAGAGAGAGAGAGAGAGAGAGAGAGAGAGAGAGAGAGAGAGAGAGAGAGAGAGAGAGAGAGAGAGAGAGAGAGAGAGAGAGAGAGAAAGCGAGAGCAGAUGUUGGUAGUGCGGCCAGGUCACUCUCCUCCUCCAACAGCCCAGAGUUAGACUUCACAUUCACAGCAGCUAGCCAGUCAGGGAGGCACAGAGUCAGGGAGAGAGGGAGUUAGUCAGGGAGGGAGGCAGGAAGGGGACCUGAACCUGGCUGUUUACUCUGCGCUCCCAGCAAAUAUUUGCUGUUUUACCAACAGAACAAAUUCCCAUUCUGGCCCCUCUGUGUCCAUAAAUGUGUGCCGUGUCCCGGAAUGAAUGGACUUAAUGAGUGCAGUGACCAGAAAAGUGCUUAGGCUACCAAUAUGCUCAACAGAAGUGCAGUGUCAAAGAGUUCCUGUCUGGUCACACGUCCAAAAGGAAAAGGUUCAACAGUUCAUUGAUGGGAAUGCUUUUUAUGUGCUCCAGUCUGCCAGGGGGAGUGUAAUCGAGUCAGGCAGGCCGUCGAGGGCUGAAUGGCGGCUGCAGAGGCUAGGGGAUCAGUGUUUUGAUAACAAGUGUCUGCUGCUCUUUGGAUCCGGACUUGACACCCUUUGUGCCUGCCCUACUGGCGGUUAGCCCUGCAUGACUGCGCCCACAUCAGAAAGCACACAGAGAGGGACUGGGGAUGAAGACAUGGCACCUACCCCCUAGUAUCCCCCCUAGUCUCCCACAAGAACUCCUCAGAAAAUAUGUUGGGUCACUCACAAACACCAAACCCCAUCCACAAAACACACUAUUAUUAACAAAGUUUUGGAUUCCUAUAAUAUUUUUCAGUGAAACACAUAAUAGUACCCAACUGUCAGUGACCUUAGGUAUUGAGCACAUGUUAUUAUAGACCAGAGGUUGGCUUUUGGUGGGUAUUUGGUCAGUGUACAGACUAAUGUGACAAUGGGCCUGACCUGUGUGUUUUGCCCAUGUUUGACGAGAGACCGUUUCCAGCUCUGGCUGAAGAAUGAGUCUGAGUGGCUGGGCAGGAGCUUGCAUGGUCUUCCUGACCUGAUGUUAUGUGACAUUACAGAUGGUCCCAAAUGACCAUGCUAACAGCAGCCUACUGUUUAUCAUCCCUUUGACAAGCAAACAGUCUGGACUCGCGUGUAGCAUGGAUUUAGGUCAGGACAGGACACUCACUGGAGUUUAACCACGACUUGAUGUAGACUAGUAUGGUACAUGCUUUCCAAGAACUUUAAAGCUGUAAACUGAGAAAAAUCCCCUCAGAAUUCUUGUUUAUAAUUUGGGUUUUGCAUUUUUGUUUGCUGGGAAAGAGAAGUUACACCAUGUCGGUUUGUAAUGAAUGUUUUAGGGUGGGCCAGUGUCAGGGUUUUAUGGCACGUUCAGCCCCAGCCACUAUCCCAUCCUCAAUUUGGAUAGUACUGGAAAGCAUGAAUGGAAUUUAGUGUCCCUGCCACAAGUUUGUUUUAGGGAUUACCAUUAACAAAUACUGCGGAAAUCACAUGUGAACAUCCUGUCAUGUGACUUCCUAUUGUUUCCCAAGCGUUAAAAAUGUUUCCAUGCCUUUUGAUUUCUGCCUGGCAAAGUAUUUAUUGCAUUUUCUCUGCUUGGUUAUGCUUCACGCAAGGCAGGCAGGCAGGCAGAGAGACAGACAGACAGACAGACAGACAGACAGAGACAGAGAGAGAGAGAGAGAGAGAGAGAGAGAGAGAGAGAGAGAGAGAGAGAGAGAGAGAGAGAGAGAGAGAGAGAGAGAGAGAGAGAGAGAGAGAGAGAGAGAGAGAGAGAGAGAGAGAGAGAGAGAGAGAGAGAACAAAUCCUCACUUUACUUUCAACUCAGUUGGCCCACCUGCUUUGUAUUAGAGUGCAGGGCUGGUCCAGGAAGCAGGGAGAAAGGUGAGGGGUCAGAACAGCACUCUACCAGGGUAUGGUAUACAGAUGCUGCCUCCCCCCAUGGAAACCUUAAUGGGGAUAGCUACAUCUGUUAGCAUCUGGGCACCCUUGACUGCCAGAGCCAGACUUCUCCUGUGUGUGGUGCUGGUACCUCUCCCUCUGCUCCGCCAUAUAUUAAACCAUGACCAGGGUCUACUUACGUAACCAUUCUCCUGCAGUAACCUAAUGGUCAUGGUUUUAAUGAGAAGCUAAUGUGGUCUUUCAAGAUCCUGAGUCACUGAGUCAUAGGCAUAGCCAAUGACAGUGUCAUAGACAAAUGGUUUAUCUGGUAAUCCAAUAAAAUGACAUAUGGCAAUCACUGAAAUUAUGGAACUUCAUGGCGAUAAAGCUGUCUUUGAUUAACAAAAUACUAAAUAGAUAGAGUGCUUUUCCUUUACCACUCUCUUUCUCACACACAUACAAACAGCCACUCUCUCGGGGUGUUACAGGAGCAUCGCGUGCAGUGGCUGGACGGUAGUGUCUGCGAGGCGGCUGCUCAGGGCUUGUUAUGGGUCUCUAAUGAUCCGUACAGUAGUCAUUGUUCUGUGGGUUGGCGCUUGGAGACAGACAGCGGAGGUUUCCGGUACUUACGCUGGCUUUACAUCGCCUGUCUGCUGUCUGCAGCUCAGCUCUCAAGAUCACACUGUGCCAGCGCAUUGCUGUUUUCUUUUACAGAGCACUGGGCUGAGCUGAGCUACGCUGCGAGUGCCGCCUCCACCAAGACUCCACAGAUCUCUGCUAAAUUCCACCUAAUGGAGCUGGCUUCAUUGUCUAAUGCUGUUGGAGCCCAGUCCCCAGGGCUCUCGGCUCAAGUGCCUAGCUCAGCACGACUAUACACAAAUACACUUCUGUUCCAUCCACAGCUAGCUACACUGUAAUUAUUGCUUCUGAGUUAAUGCACGGAUACAGAAGCAACAAACUCAUUCUGACCUGGGGUGGAUAAGCUAUUUAAUACAUACCAAAUGGGAUGGUUUAGCAUAGUAUGGUCAUUCACAGCCGUGAAUGUAUGUUAGCCAUCAAGAGCCCCACAUGUCGUUCAGGUUGACAGCGUCUGUUUCCCCUUCCACUUUUCCCAGUUUCCCCCAAGUGUGUCCACAACGGGAAGGAGUUUUCCGAGGGGGAGGUGUACCGUAUGGACCCGUGCUGGCUCUGCCAGUGUCGAGGAGGGAUAUCCUUCUGCUCCAAAGCGGAAUGUGCGGAACUGGACUGUGAGAACUUCUACAUCCCAGAGGGAGAAUGCUGCCCCGUAUGCAUAGGUACACACAUCAUUUUAAAGUUAUACAACAGUAUCUAUUACAGAUAGAUAAAUAGAUGGUUUUAUAGAUAUGUUAAAUUUUGUAUGACAUGACUAGAUUGGUGGAGGUGAGCUGGCACAGUCCGGGAGGCCGUUUGUCAUUAGUGUUGCUCUGAGUGUGGCCAGACAGGCAGGGAGGCUAGCAGGGAGGUUAGCAGGGAGGCUAGUAGGGAGGCAGGCAGACGUACGGAGCAGACAGGGCUGUAAUACAUUCCCCCAGGGCUCCCAACACGCUGUACAAUAUCCUUACCUUAAUGGCUUCCGUUUACAUCCAGCUGGACUCAACACUCAUUAACAUGCUUCACAUACAAGGACCGGUCAAAAGAAUGAGCAAUGGGUAGGAGGUCAGGAACAUGAACCUCCUUUGAGUGAGUGCUUUGGCUUCAUUAUAUCUGGUUGCCUUAAUGGAGGGAGACCCCUUUUGUACCUGACCUCGACACUAAAACACAUGCCCUCAGAGGCAGGUAAAAACACUGGUACCUGCGGUUGGAGCUGUUAAAAGGCUUCAGUUUGGGCAGCGCAUAUGGCCAACAAAUGACGGUCUCGUGAAGCAUAGUGGUGGUGGUGGAGAGAUUUGGCUGUUUGUGUUUUUAUAAUUGAUCAGACACAAGAGAGGGAGGGAGACUGAGGGAGGUUAUUGGAGGUCAGUGUUGGAGGUACACCUGGAAUGUUCAGCCCCUGAGAUUUUGGGGAAUGCUUUCAUCUUGUGUCCCUGCUUGGCCAUGGAAAGCUCCAGUCAUUGAUGAGGCCAUUGUCAGUGUUACUGUGCUAAGCUGGGGAUGGUAUCUGGUUCGUGGUCGUUAUUAAGAGCAACCUAAGCUGCACACCUGUUCUAAUCCAUUUGUAGACAGGUCAAGUCACCUACAGCCCUAAAAGUGCUUAAAGGCUGUGUGUGAAGGCAUCACAAUUUGUAUUUUUAGGCUUGCUAUUGAUAGUGUGAGAGAUGGAUGGAGAGAGAAAGAAAGGGAUGGAUUGAGAGGAAAGCAGUAUAAUCACACACAGAUUGAGGAAUCACAGCAGCCAAAUCUCUGCUGGAAUCAAAUCGGGCAAAUAGGACUCUGUCUUUAGGGAGACCCACUCCUUCACCACACACACAAACACACACACACACACACCUCAGCCAUGAGGUGGUCAUUCAAAAAUCCUGUUAAACACUAUUAUUGCACACAGAGUGAGUCCAUGCAACUUAUUAUGUGACUUGUUAAGCACAUUUUUACUCCUUAAUGUAUUUAGGCUUGCCAUAACAAUGGGGUUGAAUACUUAUUGACUCAAGACAUUUCAGCUUUUCAUUUGUAAUUAAUUAGAUUUUUAUUCUACGAAAAACAUAAUUCCACUUUGACAUUAUGGGGUAUUGUGUGUAGACCAGUGACCCAAAAAUUUCAAUUUAAUCCAUUUCAAAUGUAGGCUGUAACACAACAAAAUGUGGAAAAAGUCAAGGGGUGUGAAUACUUUCUGAAGGCACUGUAAUGCUCUUGCUAUGGAGUGAAAUAUAUGGCGCUGAACCCUGAACUGUUCUUUGGCCUUUGGGGGCACGGAUGAAACUGUAUCUGUGUAACAUGCACGUGGCUGAGGUUAACUCCUCUUAAGGGAAAUUACUGGACACUGCAGAGACAGGAAAUUAGAUAUGUAUGUCUCGGUGUGCUUUUAAUGAACUCAUCUCUCUCCAAUAUGACAUGCUCUUCCAUCCAGCUCUAUUACGUACCACACAGCAUUUACAAGUAAGGAUGGUAUACCAAACAGCACAGUAUAGUUGCCACACUUCUCUCCUUCUGAUCCCAGCCUCUGUCUGUCUCCCUCUCUGUGUCCAGAUGUGGAGCUACUGUCUAUGGACAGCACGGAGGCCAGCUGCUGGCUGAACAACAAACUGCGUGGCCACGAGGAACAGUGGAAGGAGGAUGAUUGCACCUUCUGUCAGUGUGUGGAUGGAGAGCCCCACUGUACCGCCAUGGCCUGCAAACAGAGCUGUCAGAACCCCGUCAAGAUCCCUGGAGAAUGCUGCCCCUUCUGCGAGGGUACGUAUGGAGAUACACACACACAAUAAUAGCUGUAUGCACAUACUGUACCUGAUCACAUACAGCCUGUAGCAGGGAGUACAGUUGGCUUAUAGCUGCCUUACACAUACAACUGACAAAAACUGACUGGCUAAGUUGAAGUAGUUGGAGAUUUAAGUCUGAAAAUAGCAAAGAACAGGUCAAACGUAAUGCUAAAUAUGUUCUAGGCAUAGCCCACAUAGUCAUAAGAAGUCAAUUUCCUCACAAGGAAAUAUCUCACGUCACGCUUCUUCUGAAGUAGCCUUAUAUUGCAUGUAUAGCCAAUGGACAUACCAAACGUUUUGAUGGAAGAUUGAAUUUUCUGUUCAUGUAGCCUAAUAGUGCAGGAAAGACUGUUACAUGAACUCACAGUUUUAAUCUAAUUACAAUGUCUAAUUCAAUGUUUCUGAUGUAUUGUAUAAGGUUCAGGGGCACCACCAUCAAUCGCAUCUGGCAUUCCAUUGAACUCUUCAUAUAGCCAACAAAGUGUUUCUGUCAAAGCUGAUAUCAUAAACAACUUGCAACUCACCAGCUGAUUUUCAGGAAAACACCCCCAUUAAUGCCACACCCUCACAUGUCAAUGUAGCUACAUCCGAUGUAUAACAAGUCAAUGUACAUCUGGCAAUUGACGUCUUCAUCGGUAAAUGGAACUGUUCCUACUGCGCUGGACCAAACUACAAAAUAAUUUGUGUUUGACAAUACAGUCAGUUUGAGCUUGGAACCUGACUGGUGGAACUGAACUGUAGGAUAGUCUCUCCCCCUGAAGCUAUGUGGAGGCCAUGUUGGCGGCUCAUUAAAGGGGAGGCCACGGAGCAUUCUUCAGCUGCAGGCUCCUUUGUGAUUUUUUUAUUGGCCCAGCCCGCAAUAUGAGACCCACCUGCAUGAGGCAUGGUUUAGACUGAGGGCUUAAAGCCGAUUUAUGGUAAUUCCGGAGUCUGUAUUGGCCGUACAGUUUUCACUGUGAUGCGGCCUCUGCAGAAGUCAGGGCAUUCAUAUUUAUUGCGCUUCGCGGAGCAGAGCAUAGCUGUUGUGAAGGAAGUUGUCAACCAAUCAUGUCAAUGCGGAGCUAUACGGAGCUCUCCGCAUUGUUACAAAAUUUGGGAGGCUCACGGUGAUGCGGUACGGAGCUUGAUUUGGCCUCCGCAAGCCUCCAGAGGCUCUGCAAUUGCGUCACAACUUCCAUACGGAGCCUCCGGACUGCAUUGCCGGAUCAAGCUUAAUUGGAGUGGAUCACAGUUUUUUCGUUUGGUGCUCCUCCCGCUGAACGUGGCAGGAUAAUGGAGGGGCCCCCCAACUAGACCCCCACCUAGCUUCCCCUGGUUGUGGCUUGUACAUGUGUGACUCAGGCCAGCAUUACACCUCAUCCCUGGUGGGCUCCAGUGAUGAUGUGGCCCUCUGGGUCUGUCCAGUGCCAGCCUCUGACUCACCAGACUCCCACACAGGGGCUUCUCUGUUAGGGCUAGAGCCAAGCCAAGCCGUGCUCCUGCACUCCUCCAGGUCGUUUAGACAACAUGUGAGAUGCUCAUUCAUCAAAGCCCUAUGAUAGAGAGCACCUAUAUCUGGUGUAAUGGCCCUGCAUUUAUCUCUAAUCACAGCUCUCUCUCUCAGAUGGGAGCAACGUGAACACUGAACCAUUUAUGUUGGCAUGGAGAUGGAUGUGUAAUAUUAUGUGUCUAACUAUACUGUUCUAUACUCUUUACUCUCUACUCUCAUAAAAGCCUCAUUUGAGAAUAGCAUGACAUGUCUCUGAGUGUUAUAGGUUUCACAGAGGCAAGUAUAGUAUGACAUGUAUAGAGAGUUAUAGCAGCAUCAUAUGAAGGUUAUAACCUGCUUUUCUGUCCCACAGAGCCUUCGUAUGAGACAGUGAGCCCUAUGCUGUGUCCUCGUCUGGAGAACUGCACUUUCUCAGGGAAGGACUGCCCCUACGGCUUCCAGCAGGACAACAACGGCUGCCUGCUCUGCCAGUGCCUCAACCGUGAGUCUCACACCAGACACAAAGAGUUAAACACAGAUACAUAAACACACAUAUACAGUGCCUUGCAAAAGUAUUCAUCCCCUGUGGCGUUUUUCCUAUUUUGUUGCAUUACAAGCUGUAAUUUAAAUGGAUUUUUAUUUGAAUUUCAUGUAAUGGACAUACACAUAAAGUGGUGUGUGCAUACAGUGAGGGAAAAAAGUAUUUGAUCCCUUGCUGAUUUUGUAAGUUUGCCCACUGACAAAGACAUGAUCAGUCUAUAAUUUUAAUGGUAGGUUUAUUUGAACAGUGAGAGACAGAAUAACAACAACAAAAUCCAGAAAAAUGCAUGUCAAAAAUGUUAUAAAUUGAUUUGCAUUUUAAUGAGGGAAAUAAGUAUUUGACCCCCUCUCAAUCAGAAAGAUUUCUGGCUCCCAGGUGUCUUUUAUACAGGUAACGAGCUGAGAUUAGGAGCACACUCUUAAAGGGAGUGCUCCUAAUCUCAGUUUGUUACCUGUAUAAAAGACACCUGUCCACAGAAGCAAUCAAUCAAUCAGAUUCCAAACUCUCCACCAUGGCCAAGACCAAAGAGCUCUCCAAGGAUGUCAGGGACAAGAUUGUAGACCUACACAAAGCUGGAAUGGGCUACAAGACCAUCGCCAAGCAGCUUGGUGAGAAGGUGACAACAGUUGGUGCGUUUAUUCGCAAAUGGAAGAAACACAAAAUAACUGUCAAUCUCCCUCGGCCUGGGGCUCCAUGCAAGAUCUCACCUCGUGGAGUUGCAAUAAUCAUGAGAACGGUAUCAGCCCAGAACUACACGGGAGGAUCUUGUCAAUGAUCUCAAGGCAGCUGGGACCAUAGUCACCAAGAAAACAAUUGGUAACACACUACGCCAUGAAAUACUGAAAUCCUGCAGCGCCCGCAAGGUCCCUCUGCUCAAGAAAGCACAUAUACAGGGCCGUCUGAAGUUUGCCAAUGAACAUCUGAAUGAUUCAGAGGAGAACUGGGUGAAAGUGUUGUGGUCAGAUGAGACCAAAAUCGAGCUCUUUGGCAUCAACUCAACUCGCCGUGUUGGGAGGAGGAGGAAUGCUGCCUAUGACCCCAAGAACACCAUCCCCACCGUCAAACAUGGAGGUGGAAACAUUAUGCUUUGGUGGUGUUUUUCUGCUAAGGGGACAGGACAACUUCACCGCAUCAAAGGGACGAUGGACGGGGCCAUGUACCAUCAAAUCUUGGGUGAGAACCUCCUUCCCUCAGCCAGGGCAUUGAAAAUGGGUCGUGGAUGGGUAUUCCAGCAUGACAAUGACCCAAAACACAUGGCCAAGACAACAAAGGAGUGGCUCUAGAAGAAGCACAUUAAGGUCCUGGAGUGGCCUAGCCAGUCUCCAGACCUUAAUCCCAUAGAAAAUCUGUGGAGGGAGCUGAAGGUUCGAGUUGCCAAACGUCAGCCUCGAAACCUUAAUGACUUGGAGAAGAUCUGCAAAGAGGAGUGGAACAAAAUCCCUCCUGAGAUGUGUGCAAACCUGGUGGCCAACUACAAGAAACGUCUGACCUCUGUGAUUGCCAACAAGGGUUUUGCCACCAAGUACUAAGUCAUGUUUUGCAGAGGGGUCAAAUACUUAUUUCCCUCAUUAAAAUGCAAAUCAAUUUAUAACAUUUUUGACAUGCGUUUUUCUGGAUUUUUUUGUUGUUAUUCUGUCUCUCACUGUUCAAAUAAACCUACCAUUAAAAGUAUAGACUGAUCAUGUCUUUGUCAGUGGGCAAACGUACAAAAUCAGCAGGGGAUCAAAUACUUUUUUCCUUCACUGUAUGUAUUCACCCCCUUUGCUAUGAAGCCCCUAAAUAAGAUCUGGUGCAACCAAUUACCUUCAGAAGUCACAUAAUUAGUUAAAUAAAGUCCACCUGUGUGCAAUCUAAGUGUCACAUGAUCCGUCACAUGAUCUCAGUAUAUAUACACCUGUUCUGAAAGGCCCCAGAGUCUGCAACACCACUAAGCAAGGGGCAUCACCAAGCAAGCAGCACCAUGAAGACCAAGGAGCUCUCCAAACAGGUCAGGGACAAAGUUGUGGAGAAGUACAGAUCAGGGUUGGGUUAUAAAAAAAUAUCAGAAACUUUGAACAUCCCAUGGAGCACUAUUAAAUCCAUUAUUAAAAAAUUGAAAGAAUAUGGCACCACAACAAACCUGCCAAGAGAGGGCCGCCCACCAAAACUCAUGGACCAGGCAAGGAGGGCAUUAAUCAGAGAUGCAACAAAGAAACUAAAGAUAACCCUGAAGGAGCUGCAAAGCUCCACAGCGGAGAUUGGAGUAUCUGUCCAUAGGACCACUUUAAGCCAUACACUCCACAGAGCUGGGCUUUACUGAAGAGUGGCCAGAAAAAAGCCAUUGCUUAAAGAAAAAAAUAAACAAACACGUUUGGUGUUCGCCAAAAGGCAUGUGGGAAACUUCCCAAACAUAUGGAAGAAGGUACUCUGGUCAGAUGAGACUAAAAUUGAGCUUUUUGGGCAUCAAGGAAAACGCUAUGUCUGGCGCAAACCCAACACCUCUCAUCACCUCGAGAACACCAUCCCCACAGUGAAGCAUGGUGGUGGCAGCAUCAUGCUGUGGGGAUGUUUUUCAUCGGCAGGGACUGGGAAACUGGUCAGAAUUGAAGGAAUGAAGGAGGGCGCUAAAUACAGGGAAAUUCUUGAGGGAAACCUGUUUCAGUCUUCCAGAGAUUUGAGACUGGGACGGAGGUUCACCUUCCAGCAGGACAAUGACCCUAAGCAUACUGCUAAAGCAACACUUGAGUGGUUUAAGGGGAAACAUUUCAUGUCUUGGAAUGGCCUAGUCAAAGCCCAGACCUCAAUCCAAUUGAGAAUCUGUGGUAUGACUUAAAGAUUGCUGUACACCAGCGGAACCCAUCCAACUUGAAGGAGCUGAGGCAGUUUUCCUUGAAGAAUGGGCAAAAAUCCCAGUGGCUAGAUGUGCCAAGCUUAUAGAGACAUACUUGCAGCUGUAAUUGCUGCAAAAGGUGUCUCUACAAAGUAUUGACUUUGGGGGUGUGAAUAGUUAUGCACGCUCAAGUUUUCUGUUUUUUUGUCUUAUUUCUUGUUUGUUUCACAAGAAAAAAUAUUUUGUAUCUUCAAAGUGGUAGGCAUGUUGUGUAAAUCAAAUGAUACAAACCCCCAAAAAAUCCAUUUUAAUUCCAGGUUGUAAGGCAACAAAAUAGGAAAAAUGCCAAGGGGGGUGAAUACUUUCGCAAGCCACUGUACCAUAAACACACACAUACUGGAACUGGUUCCAAAUGACGAAUCCCUGGCACAUCAUCUCCAUAACACUAACAUAAAGCACACACAUUAACAAAUAUCUGUCGCACCUCAUUUGUUUCCAUGGCUGCAUGGUAUUUGCCGUUUUUUCUGUCAUUGGAAUUCGCUCAUGAAAAGCCCUUUAGCAAACUAACAUGGUGUUGAUGGAUGAGCCAGCCAAUGGUAAUGUCACCUCCAUGUGAACUGUUUCAGAUGACUCCUGCCCUGACCUGGGGAAAUACUGCUCCCUGCAAUGCCCUGUGGGAUAUGAGAAGGAUGACUUUGGCUGCGAGGUGUGUGAGUGUAGCUCUCCAAUGCCCAAGUGCCGACCCCUGACAUGCAGCAAGACCUGCCCCUACGGAUAUGUGUAAGUCCUCUGAAUGGUCUCCAUAUCUUCAAGUUAAACACUGCUCAUUGUUCACCCCUUAGUUUCCACCCUGCUCAAAGGCUGUUACAGCACCACUGGUUACGACUGAAAGGCCAAAGCCUGAAGGAAUGGUGAUUUGUGUGGUUUAUUAUUGACAUGGGCCCUGACAUACAAUCCGCCCUCUCUUUAGCUGGAAAAACACAAUACGUUUCUACGCUGUAGUUAUAAAUAGUCCUCCUUCACUCAUUGUUUGCAUUUUUCAGUCAUGUAAUUUUUUAUGAUGUAAACUUCAACUGUGUAAACUCUUGGUUAUUUGACAAGUGCGCUAUUCGCACUGUGAAAUAUUUGGCUCUGACAAUGGAACACCAGUGCUGUAUCUUGGCUGACAGUACUAUCUGUUGAUCUACAUGUGUGUACAGACAACAUCAUAUUACUCCAGGUGUAGUAGUUGGCAAGGGACAGUGCCAGGUCUGACUGGGCAGAGAGGAAGUAUCGUUACACACCUGGCAGCCUCACCCUCGCCCCACCUGCAAAGAUCUAAUGGGGCCAACUGAGGGGCCAAUCAGGGCCCUAAUCUGUGUCUCUGUGGCUGCGUUUACACAGGCAGCCCAAUUCUAAACUAUUGGUCUUUUGAUCAAUCACAUCAGAUCUUUUCACACUUUUUCAGAGCUGAUCGGUUUAGUCAAAAGACCAAUUAGUGCAAAAAAUAUCAUAAUUGGGCUGUCUGUGUAAAUGCAGCCAGAGUGACCAGUGCAGUUUGCGGUCCGCCCCUGCCCCUCUACCCCCUCCCCCCUGCACCCCUCUCAUAACCCCCCUAACUCAAUCAAACAUCUGGAAGUGAUCUACUCUCCCCAGCAGCACUUUCAUUUCAUAAAUCAUCUUUCCGUCUCAAAACAACGAUAAAAAUCACAUCUGCACAAAAGCGGCCUUUAUGAAUUGUAUACAGUGGGAUUCUUCUGGUAUCUGAACCAUGCUCUCUGGAGCCUCCGCUCAAGAUGGGCCUGAUAUGUCUGCACAGGAUGCCAGCAGAGAGGCACCCCGAGGGGGAAGAGGAGCAGGAAGCGGUGGCUUCAUCACUCAUAAGCACCGGUUCAGGACUGGCUUCAGAAGUCUGAAUCCUCGAUGAGCUAAGUAAUGCAUCCCUCUUCUAGCAGAGUGGUGCUUCUAACAUGGAUCAGUGAAAAGACACAGAGACGGCUUCGUAUAAAUUGGCUGCAUUUAUGACCUCUGCAGAGAACUCAUUUGUGGCGAAUGUGCCUAAACCACGAUUAAUACAAACCUCAUAAACUAUACUUGCUUUGAACAGUCCAGUUUUCUUAUCUCAACAGUGUAGAGGGGAGAAACGUGAGCACUGAGCAGUGGGCUAUCAGAGUGGGUCAGAGCCCUAAAGGUGUGUUUACAUUGACAUUUGGCACAGUUGAGCGCCUCGGGCAGGACACAAAGGAGGACUUAAAGCGUUUCCCCUCCUCAAUAGGCCUAAAUCACCAUCGGACCUGACAGGACGUGCACGGCAUUCUCCUGCUGCCCUGCCCGGCACAGAGAAAGCAGCCCCAGAGCCAAGCACGGUGCACCAAAUUCCACACACCACCUUUAAACAAAGCCCAGCUCCCAAGGUGGCCAGACUUUCUGUCUCUGUGUUUGUACACUGAGGGCCCAGCCAGCUCAGAGCUCAGCCUGGCCUCUCCAUACUGCCUUUACUGCUGUUUCAGCAGAGAUUUGCCCUCUGCUAGUGGAUCGGCUGCUGUGGGACACAGGGUUAAUCUCCUGUUUUAUUUAUGUGGCCGACAGUGACUAAUAGUAUAAUUAAUCCCACCAAACGAGAUCAAUGUUUAAUUGAAAAAUGUCUUAUGGGUUACUUGUUCCAGAAAAAGCGAGAGCGUGGGAGACACAAAUAGAAAGAGAGACUGGAGUGAUGGAUCAGCAUAAUUUCUCAACCUGCUACUCAUCUACACUGAGUGUACAAAACAUGGCAUAGACUGACCAGGUGAAUCCGGUGAAAGCUAUGAUCCCUUAUUGAUGUCACUUGUUAAAUCCACUUCAAUCAGUGUAGAUGAAGGGGAGGAGACAGGUUAAAGAAGGAUUUUUAAGCCUUGAGGCAAUUGAGACAUGGAUUGUGUGUGUGCCGUUCAAAGGGUGAAAAUAUUGAAGUGCCUUUGAACGGGAUAUGGUAGUGGGUGCCAGGUGCACUGGUUUGUGUCAAGAACUGCAACGCUCUGGGUUUUUCACUCUCAACAGUUUCCCAUGUGUAUCAAGAAUGGUCCACCACCCAAAGGACAUCCAGCCAACUUGACAAAACUGUGGGAAGCAUUGGAGUCAACAUGGGCCAGCAUCACUGUGGAACGCUUUCAACACCUUGUAGAGUCCAUGCCCCCACGAAUUGAGGCUGUUCUGAGAGCAAAAGGUGGGGGUGCAACUCAAUUUUAGGAAGGUGUUCUUUUUUUGGGGGGGUUCUUUUUCUUUUGUAAUUUUAACCCCUUUUUCUCCCCAAUUGUUGUGAUUACGAUCUUGUCUCAUCGCUGCAACUCCGCAUCAGGCUCGGGAGAGGCGAAGGUUGAGUCAUACAUCCUCCGAAACAUGACCCGCCAAACCGCGCUUCUUAACACCCGCUCGCUUAACCCGUAAGCCAGCUGCACCAAUGUGUUGGAGGAAACACAGUUAAACUGACGACCGAAGUCAGCCUGCAGGCUCCCGGCCUGCCACAAGGAGUCGCUAGAGCACGAUGAGCCAAGUAAAGCCCCCCCGGCCAAACCCUCCCCUAACUCGGACGACGCUGGGCCAAUUGUGGCCGCCCUAUGGGACUCCCGGUCACGGCCGGUAAUGACACAGGAUCGAACCCCAGGCUGUAGUGACGCCGCAACACUGCGAUGCAGUGCCUUAGACCGCUGCGCCACUCGGGAGGCCAGGAAGGAGUUCUUAAUGUUUUAUACACUCAUUGUGCGUUUUAUGACAUCCAUAGCUGGAUUCAACUAGGUCACAUGUUCUGUGUCUGUUCCUAGCUAAAUUACGGGCCGUUUUCUCUCUGUGUGUAUCCUCCAUAGCUUUAGGCCAUUCAGUGGGGGUUUAGUUUAAUUUCAGGUCCCUGUGUAGAUCGUCUCUCAAACUCCUCAGGGUUUGUUUUUCCUCUGGUACAAACUCAUCCCUGUGUCUGGGGCUGUAUCUGCUCUCCACAGUUUAACUCCCUGCUCUGUUUACAAAUCAACCAUGAUGAGCUCAUAGUUAAUAAAGAGCAGGGCCCCUCAGUCCUUAUGUUCCUUAAUCAACCGGGCUGCAUUAAUAUAAUCUGGCCCUGCUCUGGGGCUCACAUGUCAGCCAAAGGCUUUGGUAGGGAGUUUUUCCUAGCCACCGUGCUUCUACAUCUGCAUUGCUUGCUGUUUGGGGUUUUAGGCUGGGUUUCUGUAUAGCACUUUGUGACAUCUGCUGAUGUAAAAAGGGCUUUAUAAAUACAUUUGAUUGAUUGAUUGAUUGAGUACCUAUCUGAAUAGGUUGAAUCAAAUGGAAAGCAUCCGAAUUGGCAUUAAACCCAGUGCCCUAGACUCUAGCAUUGGUAUGGUGUUUGUGCUGUGCACCAUGGGGCUCUCACGUGUUCCAGGGUGCUGCUUUUAUCUGGCCUCUUCAAAGGCAGCUAAUAUAGCAGGGGGGAAAAAGAACCAUAUAUCUAUUAUACCAGACCUGACCAUCUGGCUCUACGGCAGCACUCCACCAGACCGCUCACAAGACCACUGGGUACUGAACUUUCAUUGCAAAAUGCAUUUAACAUGCACCAUUUGAGCUGUAAAGAUGGCCUUCUUAUCUUGCCCUCUCACAUUACAUAUCUGAUAAAGACAUUUGUGUGCUCUAUCUAUGCCACAGGAGGAAUAAGCACGGCUGUGAGAUGUGUCGCUGUGUCAAGUGUCCCCCCUUCACCUGUGACAAGCACUGCAGCGAUGGCUACCGGCAGAACAGGAAGGGCUGCUCCAUCUGCAUGUGCAAAGGUAUGGUGCUCAUCUGUCUGUCUGUCUCAUCUGGUCCGCAUCAAUGUUCAUCCCUCUGGGUCAGCCAGUCACAUGACUACAGUUCCAUAACAACAAAAGUAGUGUGUGUGUGUGACCAUGUGUGUGAUUGUGAAAGUGAUCGUGUCUGUGUCCUGUAAAAUGGUUCAGGGUGAGGAGGAGAUGAUAUACUGUACAUUAGAGAGAUAAGACUCUCUCUGAGGUGUUUACUUUCUCCUACUAUGUAGCAGAUGUGAUUUGCUGUGACCUUUAGCUGGUCUGCUGUGAAGCCUGUUAUGAAUGGAUGUUUUGAUUCUUGUUUUUAUUUAGCUCUCUAAGGUCUGUGUGUGCAUGUCUGAUUAGAUUUGCCAACCACACAAGUUAAAGAAAGUUUGUGGACAGCUUAUUUAUACACUGCCAGUUUUAUUUGAUGUGUUUAUUUAAUUUUUUCAGUAAUAUUAUAAAUAUGUUAGCUUGGCAUAUAUUUUUGGUUUCUUGCUUAGCACCCCAUUUCCACACAGACACUCAUGUCUAUUCCAGGGUCCUGAUGUUUACCUUAUUUUGAUACUCUUGGAUCAGGUACUCAGUGGACUGUUCAAGUAUUUAUGGAUAGGAAACUUUUGGGUAACUGUACCUUUUUCCCUGUGUAUAACAGUGUGUUAUAACAGUGUUGUUAAGAGAGAAGAGACACAAACAUCCGCACCGGAUGUGGAAACAUGGUGCGAUUCACUGAACUACUACAGUACGUUCUAUUCUAAAACACUGUUCUACCCAGACUUAACAGCCACACUGGGUUUAUAACACAUUGGAGGCCAGUUAUUGGCAUUUGUGGGGUUUUAUAAACGAAACCUGUCCCUCAAAAGAAACACAGGACCUCAGUUUUGGGUCCGGUGCCAAAAACCUCAGAGAAAUGAUUAAACUGUAUUUAUUUGUGGUGCUGUUGUAAAUGGAUUAUUGGGAAAUAAAGGGACUUUAAAAGGAAGGUCACAUAUUGGUGUUUGAUGAAGGUGGAGCUGAGAGGAUCCAGGGACUGUAACAGAGCCAAGACAAUAACAUUGGCUGCCUUAAAUAGUUAUUCUUAAUGAAAUGUCCACUUUGAAUUUACUCCUGUGUUUCUCAUGCCCUGAAACAUCCCUGGUGACUGUUUCUCACAGGUUCAAGUCACCAGCCUCCCUCCCUGCCUAACGUCUUUUUGUCUGUGUUCAUGUUUGUUUUCCAGAGAGUGGCCACAUGCCAAGCACCACUGCCCCCACCCCUAUGCCCAGCUACUGCCUGACCUCCAACGGGCACCGCUAUGAGAAAGGCGAGAGCUGGCACGACGGCUGCCGCGACUGCUACUGCCACACUGGGAGAGAGAUGUGUGUGCUCAUAUCCUGCCCUGUGCCCAGUUGCCCCAACCCCGUGGUCAGGCCUGACCAGUGCUGCCCCACUUGUGAAGGUACAUCUCGUCUAUCAACACACACCUACACAGACAGAUCUGGCAGGUCACAGUCCCCCAGGAUCUCACUCUCCUAAGAACCCCAGUCCACUUACUGCCCCAGCAGUCAACCCAGGCCUCAGGCUCCAUAAACACUUUGUGUUUCUGUAAGGAGUAACACACACUGAUACACAGUUACACACCCACGCCUUUUCAUCCACACCCCUCCCAGUCACUCAGGAUAUUUAUAGGGGAGUGACUAAGUGGACUGUUCAAAUAUUUAGGAGUGAAAGAAUGUCUACAACUUUCAGUUGCCCGUUUGUCAGGAGACAAGACAUUCCUAUUGGGGAGUCAAAUGUUUUAUCUGUACAGUUGUACUAGACUAGAGGAUACUAUGGUCAACCACAAAUAGUUGUGUAACUGCCAGGCUUUAGUCUUUCACCAUUGAUCUCACAUCUAAUUGUAGUAAGAUGUGAAUCUUGUUCUUUGUAGUCUCUGCACUCUUUGAGUGUGUUGUUGUGUUGCUGUUAUCUGUCUCUCCUAACCUAUGUGUCGUCUGUCCAGAUGAGUCAGGCAGUGGUCAGCCGGAGGGCAUGGACCUGGUGGUGUGCCGGGCCCCUGGGGGGGAACUCUAUGUGGAGGGAGAGACCUGGAACCUGGACGACUGUACACGCUGCACCUGCAGGAAGGGCCGCGUCCUGUGUGACACUGAAGUGUGUCCCCCUGCUGUGUGUCAGGCCCCAACCAGGAACAAGGACACAUGUUGCCAUGUCUGCCCAGGUACAGUACCUUACAUCCCCUGCAUCUGUCAUAGGCUGCUUUACUAGGAAACAUGUAGUGCCAAGCCAAUUUCUUCUCUGUAAAUGUAGAACUCUAUCAUCAUAUUAGCCUUGACAAGAGCAAAUUCAGAUAAUAUCAAAAGCCCUUACAGUACAUCCAGGAAUAACUCCAGAAGGAAAUGUCAGUUUGUGGUCAGUCAGAGUGGGAUAAAUCUGAGCUGGAGCCAUUAUCAGCAGCAUGUGGUUGUGGACUGAGGGGCCUUUCCUGGGUGCAUGAUGCACGCUGUCGGAGAGUUUAAUGUCAGGCUUUUAAAGAAACCAGACCAAACCGGCUGGGUUUACAUGGGGAUAUAUCCUCCAGACAGGAACACGUGGACAACCCUGUCUGUUUACACUGGUCAUUUGUAGGGCCAGGAGUUUUUCCCGGCAAUGUGAUAUUACUAGGAAAAACUUUGGGCCCUAGUUAUAGCCUAUAUAACUAGUUUAUCGUGGUCAGAUCUGCACUAUUUCAAUACCCCCGCCCCUCUCUCCUCCCACUGCCCUACCACCUCCCGCUCCUCACUCCUCCCCCCGCCCCACCACCACCUCCCGCUCCUCCCCCCGCCCCACCACCACCUCCUCCCUCCCCAACCGCCGCCCAACCACCACCUCCUCCCGCCCCACCCCACCACCUCCUCCCACCCCACCUCCCGUCCCACCACCUCCUCCCGCCCCUCACUCCUCCCUCAGCCCCUCAAGCAUGAGCCCCACAAAUAAAAAAUGCAUGACUGCCCCUGAAACCCACAGAGCCUCCUUGGGAACGCUCGGCUAGCUGCGUUAUCACCACAUCUCCCCCCAGAAAAGCAGAUUGUCAUAGGCAGCCCUUUGAUAUAUGUAUGGGCCUAGCUCUAAGGAAUGUGGGAAUAACACACAUUUCAAUGACAGGCCCCAUGAUGUAUGUGUACAGUACUGCUGAGAUGUACAAUCUAACUAAAGCUUUGGUCACAGGAAGGCCAUUGAUCUAUGGGCCUGGGGGAAAUGAGAUACAGAGAUAAGCCUGAGAUUUAACUGACAGACAGCACAGAAGCCAUGUGUUCCCUAGUCAUUAAAUAGCCUCCUGCUAGUUUUUACCGUCCAAUAAAAAACAUCUUAUCUCAAACACAGACUUACAGUCCCAAUAACCACUCUGGAUUAACAUGCUAUACUGCCGGUGAUAGCCUGGGAGCCAGGGGAAUAUCUGUGAUAAAGUUAACCCUUGGUGUGCCUCUCUCUCCAUCCCUCCGUCCACAGAGGGUCCCCUGCUCCCAGUGAGCACCAGUCAGCAGGAGUACUGUAUCUCCAGCGAGGGAGACGUGCUGUUGGCUGGGGACACCUGGAAGGCCAACGCCUGCACCAGUUGUUCCUGCAACAACGGAACCAUUCAGUGUUUCUCCCAGCGCUGCCUGCCUGCCAACUGCAGGGUGCCCGUCCUGCGCAAGGGCCAGUGCUGCCCUCACUGUCUGGGUAAGUGUGGGGGUGGGGACGGACCCAUAUUAAGUAUGCAUUAAAACAAGUUGUUCCUUUGGGACAAGGUACAGCUUGUUAUUGAGAAAAGUAUUAUUCACAGUGUAACUUGUAGGAAGGGAGGAAAAGUCUUCAGAUUUUUCGGUUAGCUAGAAUAAAGCAAGUGUGUACGAGUCGCAUCCUGAGUGCCAGUCUCGCUGGCGCUGCAUGGGAAAACACAGUUACUCACAGCAACAUUCCAUGUGACACAACCCACUCCGAGCAAAAACAUUCCCCAAGCAUCCGCACAUCCUCUGUAGCUCAGCUGGUAGAGCACGGCGCUUGUAACGCCAAGGUAGUGGGUUCGAUCCCCGGGACCACCCAUACAAAAAAAACAUGUAUGCACGCAUGACUGUAAGUCGCUUUGGAUAAAAGCGUCUGCUAAAUGGCAUAUCAUAUCAUCAUAUCAUCACAUUCACACGUGUUUCCUGUCUCCGGCUGAGCCGGCCCGCCACUCUCAAUGCCGUCACAAGAAGGCAAUGCUCUGUCAGCUUUUCCUAUAGAGGAAAACCUUGGCACAGGCCUGCAUUGUUCCCUGUGAUUUGUAGCCGUUUCAUCUUGGCUUUGUUUUGGUUAUUUACUCAGUGGAAAACAGCACUUUUACAUAAGACUCUUGACAAAGGAGGGUCAUGGAAGCUUAGGGAACACGUCCUGCAAACACACCUUAUCUACAGACACUUCUGUGAUUUACUCCUGUGUUUGUUUUUAGUUCAAGUGUGUUUGACAUGAGUGACUAGGUAUGUGAAUUAUGGUUGUGAUAUCCUGAUUUACAGAAAUGACAACAACGUCUGUUCCAAUGAUGGUGUCGACCAAGGCCCCCAAGACCAGUGCUACUACCACAGUGGACAACACAGUCUGGAUCACCACUGCCACUGUGCCUCCUAUCAUCGCUGCUACAGGUAACACUAACUCUGUCUGCCUGCCUGUCUCUCUUUCACCCUCUCUUUCACUUACUCACUCACUCCUCCUAUGGCCCACAGCGAUGGUUAACUAAUAAUAAUAUGGGACUGGGUGGUAACAACUGCCUCAGCUCAGCCCUGUGACUUGGCAUCAUUGUCCAUACUUUCCCAUCCAGCAUGUUGAGGAUGUUUCCAUUGUUGGGGGGGAUAUAGGGACACUUUGACAAAUGAGCUAAAUGCACACUGACACAUGAUAAAUCGAUGUGGCCAAAAUCAUACUAACCCGUAAGAGUCCUGGGACAGAGACCAUUCAUCUGAAGACUGUAUCUGACGUAUUGGCCAGGGAAAACUGCCAAACACUAAGGAAGGACAUGAGCUGCUUUUCAUUUCAAUUGAUUAGAAGGGGAAUAAUGUAAUGGAGAUAUUGGCCCGUGUGACAGCAGUGUGUGUAGUCUAGUCUUUGGGGGAGAGCUGAUAUUGAUACUGCUUGAUUCUCCUUGCAGACGGAAACAGCCUGGGAGAGAACUUCCCCAGCCAAACUGAGAUGGCUCUCAUCUACCAAUCAGCAGCCUGGAUACUGGCCUGUCUACUCCUGGCCAUUGUCAUCUUCCUCAUCGUGGCGCUCUUCAUCAACAAGAAAAAGAAGUGGGUGCAGAUGUCCUGCUACAGCGCCCCCAAGAAGGUGAGAGGCAAUGUGGGUAAAUCAGCUCAUUAGGCCCGUACUGUACGCACAGCUUCACCAAUGAAUUGCAACAUUUCCAUUUGAGCAGACGCUCUUAUCCAGAGCAACUUCAGGGUUAAGUACCUUGCUCAAGGGCACAGACAGGUUUUUCUCCUAGUUGGCUCGGGAUUCGAACCAGCGACCUUUCGGUUACUGCCCCAACGCUCUUAACGGCUAGGCUACCUGCUGCAACCCAGCGCAGACAUUACUUCCUUUUUUUACGGCAUUGCUGCCCAAACUUAGACCCCUGUGGUGAUAAUCAUAGCACCAUAGCGGGGCGGGCGGUUGUUUUGGGUUUUAAUCUGUGGGUGGGUCGUGGGUUUUCCUUGAUCUUCCAGCUCCUGCUACAACCCGUGUUCAGGGUGUCAUAAAGUAGGGAUUCAUGUCUUUUCCAGCACUUAAUUCUGAAGGAGCUCUUUGAACUGUGUCAAGUUUAUCAUAAAAUGUGAUAGUUUUACAACACCGCCAUGAAAUUAGGCUAGUGGCACAGAAAAUCGUAAAUCGUCACAUACUUUCUGAACAGUCUCUCCCGUCCGAACUAGACAUAGUGCACGCUAACACAAAGCAGUAGGAUUCAAUCAAUAACUGGCAAGAUAAUUGAUAUUUGAAACCCUGGGAAUCUUCCCUUUCUCUCUUCUCCUUUCUUAGACUGUGAUCCUGAAGAAGCAUGUGAAUAAGAACUCGUUGGUGUACAUGGAACCUUCAAAGGAGAACAAGUUCCAGAGCGUGAAGAAUGACUGCGGCAUCAACUUCUCCCCAGAGAUGAGCUCACCGUGUGUGGAAAGAAUGAGCAUCCCUCGGGCUAAGCUGAGUAUGGGCCAGGGCAGGGGGCAGCGCUAG